ACGGUGUGCACUGCUGCAACAGUCUACUCGCGUGUGUCUCUGUCUCUGUCCACGGUCGGCUCGCCGAGUGCCAAACCGAACGGGCAAACGGGAGAUAUCGGUGUGCGCGAAAGAGGGCUGAAUCGACUCUCGGUUUUUCCGACAAAUUUGGAGAAAAUUUUUCGCGAUCAAAGACGUUCGAGGUGCCGCGACGCCGCGCUAAACACCUACGAAGGCCUGGACAGCUCGCCGACAACUGCACCAGCUCUCGCUAAACCGUUUUGUGAAUAUAGUACGCGCGAGCGACUUAAUAUCAAAAUUGCAGGACAAUUAUUAUAAAUGACCCGUAAUUACGAUUGUUCCAGGCGACACACACUUAUUUACUCCCCAUGGUUUCUCGGGCCGCUGCCUAAUUUAACCCUUGCUUCUGGAAAUUCGUGUAAUUCAGACAAAUUGGUCGUAUAAAUAAAUGUAAUAUAUUACACGUACGCGAACAAAUUGAUCUUUUAGCUAACGGGUUCAUCCGAUUUAUGAUGUACGCCUCUUGUCAACGUGCAAACUGAGCGACAAACUUGUGAAAAACUUGUGUGAGGAUUUUUUUUCAAUCAAGUGUUAAAAUUUUUUUACACCAUUGCGUCGUCCGUGGUCGCUGGCCGUCGCCACGCUUGCCCGAUAUUACCAUUCUACCGCGAUUAGGUUUUACUCGUUUUUCUCGUUUUUCUAAAACAGUGUCCGUCAGUGACUAUGUUUCGGUUCUUCGUCAGCUGCCCGAGUUCAGUCCUGACCAAAGAUCCAUCAGUGUCGAGCUGACGUUCGGUGAAUAGACAACCGGUUGUCUAGAGUGUUCCUGCAGGCCUUCUUCUCCAAGGAUCGAUCAAUUCUUCCAGAAUUUCGGAUUUGGAUUUGACCAUAAUUCAAUACUAGAGGAAUACUAAUUCAGUGACAAUUAAAAACAGUUUCUACAACUUAUGUAUUGGUUGUUGUUGUCUAAAUUAUAAACCAAAAAGGAUCUCGUGCAGUGACCAUUAAACCUAGUGAUCGAAACAUUAUACAGAUUCGAACACCGACGAAUGGUAUAAUAGUUAAUAAUCAGUGUCCAUACGAUAACAGUAAAAAUACUCCAGCAAUGCUCGAAAGUGGAAAGAAACUGGUGACAAGCCUUUUCUGGAAAUAACCCGUCGACGUACCGGAAAGAAAAAUAAAACCGUCGAACUUGAAGUUUCCGCCGUUGUACGAGGCAUGAGGAGAGAGAGAGCGAACAGCGCAACGUUUUGAACUUAUUAAAAAAAAAAAGAAAAAAGAAAAGGGGGUGGAGGUAAAGAAGAUCGCGGUAAACUAGCGAGCGUUGUAAGCAAGGCAGGCGAUAGAAGCCCCGUCACCCGAAUAAGAAUAUCCAUCCUGCACAGUAAAUGCGCGGCGCUCGUCUGUCAGAGCUAUUAUCGAGGCGUAGUUGAGGCCCUGUUUGAGGCCAGCCCCAAAAUUCGGGCCCCGAGCGGGAUCGGGGCGUCGGCGACGGCGACGGCGACGGCAAGAGGCGGCUGCGGCGGCGUCGGCCUUGUGUCAACGGUGGAGCGACCGGGAAGUACAACGACGCUUAACUUCACGGACCUGGGGAGCCCCUUCGGGGCGGGCGACCCGUGUCCGUCGAGCACCCCGACGCCGAACAGCAUGAGCGGGGGCCCGUCGGGGGGCGGCGGAGGUGGAGGCGGAGGCGGCAGCGGCGGGUCGGAUAUGGAGCAGCAUCUCCACCACGCUGGUCUGGGUUCGGUGACGCCAGGGCCGGCGGGAAACGGGGGCGACAGCGCCUCGAGCACGCCGGUAUCCCAAUCGGGGAAGUCGGCGUUCAUCGAGCUGCAGCACAACAACCUCUACAACCCGGCCAGCCUCCGGGGCGGCUAUCCUGGGGGACACAACGUCCCUGGCUCCCAUCAGUUUUCCCACCAAGUCGGAUCCCUCGGGCACCAGGGAUCCGCUCCCGGCGGCGGGAACCAGCAGCACGCAGAAAGCGGCUUUCCCAGUCCCCGAUCGGCUCUGGCCGGCUACCCCUUCGCCCCCAUGCACCAGCACAACACCUACGGAUAUCACCUCGGAUCCUACGCGCCCCAGUGUCCGUCCCCGCCAAAAGAUGGCGAGUACCCCAACUGGUGGUGCCUGUUCGCAGACCUCUCCCCGCUGGGCGACAAGAGCGGCUCCCUGGUGGACGAGCUCGGCGGCGGCGGUGGCGGAUCCUUGAGGAACGGAAAGGGGAAGAAAAUGAGGAAACCAAGAACGAUCUACAGCAGUCUUCAGCUUCAGCAGCUUAACAGGAGGUUCCAGAGGACGCAGUACCUCGCCCUUCCCGAAAGAGCGGAACUCGCCGCCAGCCUCGGACUCACGCAGACGCAGGUGAAAAUCUGGUUCCAAAACAGAAGAAGCAAAUACAAAAAGAUGAUGAAGGCAGCGCAGCAGGGCGGCGGCGGAGGCGGAGGUCAGCAUGGAAGCCUUCUCGCCGGAGGAACCGCGCUCCCGGGUGGUCCAUCGCCCCAGCCGGGACAGCCGGGAGGUUUGAUGCAAGGAGGUGGAGGAAGUUCCGUGUCCGGAAGUCCGACGACGGGGUACCUCGGAGGAAUGGGGGGUGGUGGGGGCGGGCACACCCCCGGAAGUUCCAGUCCUGGUAGCGAAAUGUCGCCCCAGCACAACGAGAGCCCGCCGGCGCCCGUCUGGCCCGGGGAGAUGAAGCAUCACCCCCACCCCCACGGGCCACCCCACACCCACCACCACCCCCAUACGCCAGGACACCAUCCGCCCCCGCCGCCUCCGCCGCCCCACCACGCCGGCUACAUGCCGCAGUAUUCCUGGUACCAGGCGGACCCGAAUCCAGGACUACUGACGGUCUGGCCAGCGGUUUAACGAAAAGGUCCACCUGCCGCAAGCUACCUUCGAAUUGAUAGUUCGCUGCCGCAGAUCCGAAACCCCUGAAACUAACUCGUGUGCUCGUCGUCGGUGGAAAAAAAUGAAUUUUUUGAGAACACUGAACAGGGUUCGAGAAUCGUUAUACGGCCGUUCUAUACGUGGUGCUGUGCUAUAUUAUGUGCGUGUGACGUAACGAAUGCUUUUAUGUAUAUUAUUCAAAACGUAAGAGAAAAAUAUGAGAGAAGAACAUGUAACAAAUGAUGAUAAACUAACGAAGAAAUCGCUGCUAUACGACAAACGAUAAAUCUAAGAGUUUAAUUCAUAAUAACCGGUAUAUAAUAAUAAUAAUUAUUAUUAUUAUUGAUACUGCUAUUGUAAAAAUUAUAAGUGUAAUUUUUGGUGAAAUUAGUGUUUAGUGGAAGC